AUGUUAACUAUACAAGUGAAUUCUGAAAUAGCACCUUAUACACUUGAUUAUAUUCGUAUGAUUUUACCUAAUGUAUCGCCUGAAUUAAUGCCUGCAUUGAUCAAAAAAUAUGAAGAAGAACAAGUAUUUUCAUGUAUUUUAAUAAACGAUUUCAUUCAUGGAACAAUGUGGCCAUUAUUAAAACGUGCAUCAUUGGUGUUAUGA